AUGGACGUUGCGGUCAAAGUGAUCAACUUCAUUCGUGCGAAGGCCAAAAAUCAUCGGCUCUUCCAACUUCUGGCCAACGAAAUGGGAGCGCAACAUGUGGGACUUCUGUUUUACACCAAAGUUCGUUGGCUAUCGAGGGGGAAAUGCCUCUCUCGGUUGUAUGAACUCCGGUUGGAGACAGAAAUUUUCCUGCGAGAGAACGAAAACAACCUCCAUGUCCACUUCGACAAUGAAGAGUUCGUCAUGAUGCUCGCCUACCUGGCCGAUAUAUUCGGCCGACUCAAGGAAAUGAAACAGUCUUUGCAAGGCCAUGAUGUGACAGUCAGUGACGUUCAAGACAAGCUUGCCGGACUGUCUGCUCGAAUGGGAGUCUGGCAGGCACGAAUCGAGGCUGGAUCCACAGCCUCGUUUCCUUUCUUGGACGAGCAUCUGCAGACGCAGAGGAUUGAACUUCCCAUCGGCAUCAAAGAUUGCAUCAUUGGACAUCUCGACAUUCUCUCCGCUGAGUUCAAAUCUUAUUUCGACGAUGCUCCAUUGGAUGUUCCAUGGCACAGAGACCCAUUCAACACCGAAAUUGAACCUACUGAAGACGAAGCAGAGGAGCUCGCAGAGUUGAAGGUCUCAAAAGCAAUGAAGCUGGCCUUCAGUAACAGAAGACCUCUCCAGCUUCUGGUUGUCUGUUCAGGAUGCAUAUCCACUACUCAGCAAGAAGGCAUCCGAGAUGCGUUCAAUUAG